UCGGGGCACUGUCAGAACUGCUGCUGGUUGUUCCUUGGAGCAGAGCUAUAGGCUGAUGUUCACGUCCCAACUUGACACUUUCCGUGCAAUCGUUGAGAGGGAGGCGAUGGUUGACGGAUUGUAACUGGAGUUUGCUUGGGCUUCACCAGUUGGCAUUGUCCGGGAUCAUGAGUCCCGCCCUGAAGCCACCGAACUCGUUACCGUGAAGAGGAAGUAAAACGGACGGAUGAGCUUUCUAUUCUGCAUCCUCGCUCUAAGUCUCACUACUGUGUCGCUUAUGCGGUUCGCUCCAUUCACACAGAGAAGGCAAGUGAAGCGAGUUUAUUUCAACUAUUACCACCACCUUAAUUUGGACUGCCACAUUUUCACAUUCAUAAACACUGAGACUGGGAUUUCUCUGCUGUUACUAUGCAGCCUUGCUGUGUGUCUUCCAAAAGCAGAUGGUGCAGACUCUUAUAGAGCAAGAAAAGUGAAGAGAUCAGCAGAAUUGGAGGAAAUCCUAAAAGCACUGAAAAAUAUUCAUACUCAGGUGGUGAACAUGUCUUGUGAUAAUGUGAAAAUAAACUCUCCUGCAGAGGUACCCGAAUUGAGGUUAUACACACCUGCAGAUGUAACUGAUGACUGUUUCGAAACCGCUUUCAAUUGCUUCAUCUCAGAACUGUGGGUUAUAGACCAUGAAUACAAACUCGACUGUCCUGAAAUACGCGCAUUACAGAUCAUAUUUAGAAACGUUGAAAGAAAUAAUAACAUUGCUAAGAAGGGCUGCCUAACAUGUGAGGAAUUUCAAGAAAAAAGUGUAGCAGAAUUUCUAAAAGCCUUUGAAACUCUUGUACAAAAGAAUUUGAAGACAGGAUCUUAACUCUAUUUGACAUGUAAAUAGUGAAUUGUAAAUAUCUGUAAAUAACUGUAAAAAGUCAUAAAUAUUGAAUUUUAUAUUUAACGUAAUGUCAAUCUUCUGACUAAAAACUACAGAAUUUAAUGUGAACAAUGCAUAUUUUUAUAAGAAUUGCUUAAUCAAUGUUGUUUUCAUUUUGUACAAUUCACAGUUUCAUAAACAAUGAAGUUUGUAAUAUACACAAUGCAAAGAAACUUUGAGUUAGAUCCUAUGUACUUUUUUAAAAAUCCUUUCAUCAAGCGUGCCAAGCAAUAUUGGUAUUCUAAUGAAGAUCUGGGCCUGGGUGAUGAGUUAAAAUGGCAGUAACUAUGAGUCCAGUAAUCCUUUAAUAAAGGCAAUUUGGAAAAGAGUUUUAAAAUUAAGUGCAUAUUAAAAAUGGAUGCAAAAUUGUUCAAGGUUAAGUGUUGACAGGUCUCACUAAUCACCUGAAAUUCCAAGAGGAAAGGAUAUAAUAUAGAAGGAUAACAUUAAGGCCAUUGUACCUAGGUGACCAAUGCAGUAUGAGCUUCUUUUAACACUGAUAUUCCAAAGACUAAUUUUGCUUUUGGUUUAAGUCCUAUUAUGUGGACAUGUCAUUCAUGUGUUCUGAAAGGGGCACGGUUGGAAGAGCUGAGAUGAUGCCUCUAAUUUAAACAGGUCAAUAAUUGACAUGAAGGCUUCAGUCUUCAAAUCAUAAUGCUGAUGUAAACCCAUUCAUUUCAAAAGGUCAUAGUUGACAAAUGCAUUUUUUUAAUUGCUUCAAAUGUAACCAUAAUCCAGAAUUAAUACUUGUCAUAUUCUUCAUAAAUGUUGUGCUAAAUGUCAUAAUAUGUGUAAUAAAAGUAAUA